AUGGCGCUUGCAGCCAAGAAGAAGAUCGUGAAGGAGAAGGGGCAGGAGCCCGAUGACUUUGAGGAGCAGGUGGCGCAGGCUCUGUUCGACCUGGAGGCGACCAACUCGGAGCUGAAGGCGGACCUGCGCGACCUGUACAUCACCGGCGCCAAGGAGAUUGAUGUGCAGGGCGGCAGCAGGAAGGCCGUCAUUGUGCAGAAGCCGCGGCAGUCGUCCACAGGGACCGGCUGUGGCGAGCCCAUCAGCCGGAUCCGCACAUGCGAUAUAUGCAGUGUCCCACGGGGGCGCCACGUGCCGUUCCGCCUGCUUAAGGCCUUCCACAAGGUGCAGCAGCGGCUCGUGCGCGAGCUCGAGAAGAAGUUCAGCGGCAAGGACGUUGUGAUCGUCGCCAACCGCCGCAUCCUGCCGCCCAGCAGCAGCGGCGUGUCCAACUCGCGCCCCCGCAGCCGCACGCUGACGGCCGUGCACGAGGCCAUCCUGGGGGACCUCGUGUACCCCACGGAGAUUGUGGGCAAGCGCAUCCGCUACAGGGUGGACGGCUCCAAGCUCCUGAAGGUGUUCCUUGACCCCAAGGACCGCAACACCACCGAGUACAAGGUGGACACCUUUGCCGGCGUGUACAAGAAGCUCACCGGGAAGGAUGUCGUCUUCGAGUUCCCCGUGGCCGAGGCCGCGGCCUGA